AUGGUCAAAGACGCCGACACGGUUAUCAAAGAGUUCAACGAGCUCGUCAACAUGACAGCCCCCGAGCUCCAAACCUGGCUCAAGCAACCCGAAUCUACCGACGCCGGCUACUCCAAAUCCGACAACUCUGGCGAGACCAUCGGCCACGAGAGCGGCCGGAAAAUACUCUCAAUCCUCGAGAAGAACCCGACCAAAGACCCGGCGCAGUACGGCGAUGAGGACAUCGAUCAUAUGCGGAAGGUCGUGGCGUAUAACAAGCGGCAUUUGGCGCAGGAGGGGGCGGCGAAGCGGGAUGAGGGGAGUCGGGCGUGUCGGUCGUUGAAGAAUUGGGGACAUGAUGCGCGGAAGGAGUAGGGAGGUGAGGACUGAGGAAGUAGUUUGCUGUCCAAGAAUAGACGGUGGGUUGGUUGGGGCUGUUUCUGAUCGACGUGCUGGUCUUGCGGCUGGUGCCACGCUACUACGUGAUCAAGUCAUCUGGAGAUUCAUUUUCUUUGGCAGUAUCAAAAUGAUUUCGA